AUGGGUCCUUGUGUUUUUAUAAUUUUCUCAUUUCUCUUGCUAUUUCUAGAGACUACAACUACCAACCAAUCGGAAGCACCGGGAGGAGGAGGUGGUGGUAAGGUUGUUAUCAGAAAGUGUUACAAUAAGGAGAGACAAGCUCUCCUUCAUUUCAAAUCUCACCUUCAAGACUCCUAUGACUCCGAUCAUCUCACUACAUGGAGAGCUGAUGAACAUGACUGUUGUAAAUGGAGAGGUGUCACAUGCAACAACCAAACAGGUCGUGUGAUAAAUCUUGAAAUCAGAAACUACAAUCUUGAAGGUGAGAUCAUUAGCCGUUCAUUGCCUAACUUAUGCUUCUUGAAUCAUCUUGAUCUUUCUGUUAACUUUCUUUAUGGAAACAUUCCCACGUUCAUUGGUUCCAUGACUCGGUUAAGGUACCUUGAUCUUAGCCUGAAUGUUUUUAAUGGAACCGUUCCCAGGUCCAUUGGUUUGUUGACCGAAUUAAGGUACCUUGACCUUUCCAUUAACUCUCUUUAUGGAACCAUUCCUCCAGAGUUUGGAAACCUCACCAACUUGCAAAUGUUGGAAGUUGCAGAGUUGAAAACCUCGAGUGGUUUAUCUGGAUGUGAGCUCUCACAGGUCAUAUAUCCAUAUUCUUCUUCAUUUCUCAACUCUUCUUCUUCAUCUAUUGUUUACCUUUAUCUCCAAAACAACAAUCUCACCUCAUCCAUGGAUCAUUGGUUGUUCCUGUUAACCAACAAUAACCUUUCCACUCUUGAUCUCUCUGGCAACAUGUUAGAUGGGAUUCCCAAAUAUAUAGGUAGCCUCUACACCAUUCCUAUGGAAAUUUGGGACAUGUGGCCUUCUCAAUUAAUAUGCAUGAAUCUUUCUUCCAACAACAUCUCCGGGAAAGCACCAGAUUUAUCAUUGAAUUUCAACAACAAUUCAGUGAUAGAUUUGAGUUCCAACGGAUUUUAUGAGUUUCUUGACCUCUCCUACGACUUUCUAAGUGGACAAAUUCCAGAGUGUUUGUGGCAUUUCAAAGAACUAAAAGUUCUUAAUCUUGGACACAACAAUCUAUCUGGAAGGCUUCCUCCCUCCAUUGGAUCUUUGAUACAACUCGAGGUGUUGGAUUUACACAAGAACGGCUUAUUCGGAGAAUUGCCUUUGUCCAUAAAGAAUUGUACGAAUUUGACCACAUUAAUUUUGGGGGCCAACAAGUUUUCUAGUAAUGUGCCUGUCUGGAUUGGGGAAAAGUUGUCAUGGUUGUAUGUUCUUAUCCUAAGAUCAAACAUCUUCUUUGGAACCAUCCCUUUGCAAUUAUGUCAAUUACAAAAGCUCCAAAUUCUAGACUUGUCGAUGAACCAUCUCCAUGGAACCAUCCCCUCGUGUUUGGAUAAUCUUAUGAGCAUGGUUCAAAAAGGAUUGUUACCAACACAAAAUGUGCAUUCCUAUUCAAUUGAGUGGUAUUAUUCAGGAGGUGGUCUUUAUGAUUUUCAAGAUGAUGAGUAUGUUGACCAUGCAAUGAUCGAGUGGCAAGGAGAUGAACAUGAAUUCUUUAGAAAUAUGGGACUGUUGAAGAGCAUUGACCUGUCAAGCAACAAUUUAACGGGUCAAAUCCCAUAUGAGAUUACCAAUCUUUAUCAACUGAUUUCACUAAACUUAUCAAAUAACGCUCUACUUGGAGAGAUUCCACUGACAAUUGGCCAGAUGAAACAACUUGAAACUUUGGAUUUAUCUAGAAACAACUUGUCAGGAGAGAUGCCAUUAAGCAUGUCUGGUAUGAGUUUUUUAAAUCAUCUAGAUGUUUCGUAUAAUAACUUGUCAGGGAGAAUCCCAUCUAGCACUCAACUCCAAUCCUUUCCACCUUCAACAUACGAUGGAAACACAAGACUAUGUGGACCUCCCCUUACCAAAAAAUGUACAGGAGAUGAAGAAUCAGAACCAACAUCAGUCAAUGGUAAAAGUGGGGGUGAUGGGGAAGACAUAGAUGAAGUUUGGGGAUGGUUUUAUAUUGGUGGGGGAACUGGUUUUGCUACUGGAUUUUGGAUAGCAAUUGGGGCUUUACUUCUCAAUCGUCGAGGGAGACAUGCUUUUUUUUUUUUUACUUUUAUGAUAGCUUCAAAGAUUGGGUUUAUGUGA